UCCGUCCUCUCUCUCAGACUCAGACUCGGAGCAGAGAGUUUGUUUCUCUGAGGAGGAAAUCUGUUUGUUAUUUGAUGGUUCGGACUCUGCAGCAGAGAAAUGAAGAUCAGCAGCGACUGAAGCGACCAACAGACAUGGACAAACAGAAAGUGCUGGCCAAGCUGAUCUGGGACCUGCAGUCCUUCCUGUCUGUUCUGGACUCAGAGAACCUGAGUUACAUCGCUCAGGCUCAGAAGAAAUCCAUCUCAGAGCUGCUGUCUAAGCUGCAAACACACGACACUCCAGUGGAGGAUGCUGAGUACAUGAUCAUGAGCUGUCCUUCAUCGUCUCCUAGCAACGAGCUGACAGACACACCUGGGACAGACGGCGUCCGGUCCUCUGAGCUGGUCUCAAUUCAGGACUCAUCUGUCUGGCUGAGGAACGGGAUCCAGGGCCCCACAGUACCACCUCACCCACCAGGAGGUCUAGGAGGUGAUGAUGAUGAAGAUACCUACGAGGAAGCAGAGCCCUACGUACCUGCAGACACAACCACGUCCAACACUGAGAAGGCGGAGUCAGACAGCAGUCACUACGAGUCAUACGGUGAGGAUGAUGAUGACGAUGAAGAUGAGGGGGAGGGGCUUGUCAAGGACAGAGCUCACUACAUCCAGUGGACUGCCUCUCAGCCCUGUCUAAGGCCUGUCCCUGAGUCCCGCCUCUGUGGUUACCUGUGGAGGAGGAAGUGGCUCGGACAGUGGACCAAACAGCUGUUCAUCAUCAGGAACAACGUGCUGCUGUGCUAUAAGUGUGCUCGGGACCUGCUGCCUCAGCUGGAGCUGGACCUUCGCGGCUGUCAACUCGUCUACAAGUCAAAGAGCAACGGGAAGAUCCAGCACCAGCUCAAACUGGUUCUUCUGGGCUCAGAGACCCUGGUGCUGGGCUACAGCAGCUUCCAGCAGGCCGACGAGUGGAGGAAGGUGAUAGAGGAGGUGAGUGCUGGAGGUGAAGUGGAGACUCAGAGUUCGUCGUCUCUGAUCAGAUCAGACCAGCUGCUGUCCUGCAGGUCCAGUACAGUCCAGACUGACUCUGAGGAGGAGAAACCUUCAGCUCACUGCAGCCUCAACAAAGACAAAGGUUUCCUGAAUGUGCUGAUGAACUGUCAGUGGCAGAGUUUACUGUGUCAGGUGGAGGCCGGUCUCCUCAACAUGUUUGGAGAGGAGGAGGAGCAGGAAGAGGAGGAGGAGGUGAAGAGGAAGCGAUCUCCUCAGUACACCGUCCAGCUCAGAGGGUGCGAGGUCCGAGCCGGACCGGACACCGACCACUCCUACAGGAUCACACUGAGCAUGCUCGGUGACCAGGUUGCAGUGCUGGAGGUCAGCAGUUCGGAGGAGAAGGAGCGGUGGUUGAAGCUGCUGCAGGACGGCGCUGCCAAUCACAGUCACCAUGGCAACAACGCACAGGAGCACACAGGUGGUGCUCUCAGUGGGCUACAGAUCCGGAGGUUUCCCACCUCCAACACCUACAUGGACGAUCCCUUCCACCUGAGCGGAACAGGCCGGGACCAGCCCGUCUACUCCAACACCUCCAUACUGGAGCACAUGCUCCACAGCUCUCAGGAUUUGGUUCACUGCAGCUCAGUGUCGUCCAGAGACUCUGUGACCUACAGUAACACCAUCUUCACCAGCCACAACAGGAAGCUGGCUGAGGUGGAGCGAACCGUUCAGAAGCUGGAGCUGACCGGGAAGAGGCCGGUGCAACUGAGGGCGGGCUCAGAGAUCAACCUGGCGUCAGCCGGGAAGCUAAACAAACGCACGUCUUUCAGACAGUCGCUGGCCGUCUGCACUGAGCGCGCUCAGGCAAAUUUCCUGAACCCUCUGCUGCGACGGACAGCCUCGGCUAAAAACUCCCUGAGACGAGCUCCUUCAGCGCUGUUCAUCGAACAUGGGAAGGUUUUCCAGAGGAAGAAGGAAUGGGAAACCAAAGCUGCUGCUUGACACCAGCUGUCCAAUCAUCACAUCCCAUCCACAAACUACAGAAGACCCUCCUAAACUCCACUGCAGAUUCAAUUUCAAGUGACAAACUGCUCUGAACAUAGACUGUCUAUAGCUCAAACAUUAACAGUAAUCCAGCCAUGUUUUGAAACUUCUUCAUUUGCUGUUGUAAAUACUUUCUCUAUGAUAAACCUCCAGAAGUUUGUCAUCUUGUCACGUUCACCAGCAAACCAGAAUUCAUGACCAUAUACAAACAUUCGUAUGUGCAGACGUCUUAACUCGUAUUAACAGAGGCCAGUGCACAGACCAUCAAACAUAAACUGUACACAUGAAAAACACUGUAUGUUUUCUUUAUUAACAUUAAACAUUAUUUAUUUUUGUUUUUGAUAAGAUCCGUGAUCAUAAGAUAUUGGUACUUAAGAAUCCAGUGUACCUGCUGUUGUUCUUUUUUUAAUCGUACGCAGUCAUGGAACAGAACGUCCAGACUGAACAAGACACAAAAUAACUACAAAUGAAGUGUGUCUUAUGCGUGGACGCAGCAGUAAACAAACACAGCAACAUGCUGACUGUACAUUUACAGUGCUGGUCAGAUAUAUUUCCAGAUGAGCCACUGAGUCAUUUCUUACUUCCUACCUAAACCCAGGUGCGUUCUGAGUGAAAACUUUUUUAACAUAUUCAGCAGCAGUCUUUGCAGUUAUGUCAGGAUUUCCUUAAUUCUGUAAUAUUGUGAUGGAAACAGUUUGUUCUCAUGUUUAAAGCGUUUUAUAUCUGCUCAGUAUGAUCACUCACCGUUGUGAAUUUCAGGGAACACAUUAAUUUGAAUUAAUUGUUUCUACUUUGUUUAAUCACACAUGGUCUUUAUUUGAUUUAACUAAAAUGUUUUUACAUCUGUCCUCACCAUGAUCAGCACAAUGUUUUUAGUAUAUGACAACAAAUCAUUGAUGAUUUGUGUUAAUUACAGUGAUGGUCGCUUAUUUGUCUAAUUUUUAUAUUUAGUGAAUUUUAUAA